UUUAAAUCUAAGGGUCAUGCAAUUAGCAGCAGCUUGUUCUUUAGGCAUCGAAAAAAUAGGAGUAUCAAUUGAUUCUCAUAUAUGUACCGUUAUAUCAGCGACUUAGUGUGUUUUCUGUGCAUAAUAAUCAUUUGCGAUUUCAUCUUCGUAAAAGGAGAAUUGGAAUUCACGACUACGGAAGCUCCUUAUUCAGGACAUCAAAAAUCAGUAGUCAGUGGUACGAAGUCUCAUGCCUUGUACUUGACAAUUCACUUGAAUUCCAGCGCGUCACCUCAAACAUGUUUCAAAUCAAUCGUAAACAUUGAAGAUCACGUUAAUCUUAUUCGUUCACGUAACGAGUCCAAAAAAUAUCAAGAAAUUCUGUACGGUAUCGGUUUCGGAUUCGAUUUCUUCAAGAAAAUCAGUCCUCAUUUCAAAGAUACUGGAGUCGGAAACUAUGAGUAUCGUGAAAGAUCCGGAAAGUUUGGUAAAAUGCCUAAAACAGGUGGUGAUAUAUUUGUCCAUGCAAAGUGUGAUGAUCAUGGCGUGUUGUUUGAAUUGGCGGAGCUCAUUAUCUUUGGUAUACCACCUGAGUGUGUGACGAAAUUCGAAGAUAUUUACGGUUGGACUUAUCGCGGUGGGCGUGAUUUGAGUGGAUUCGUUGAUGGCACAGAGAAUCCUGAACACUUAGAUGAACGAGUUACCGUGGCGAUCAAUAAUAUAACAGGUGGAAGUUACGUUAUUGUUCAGAAAUGGGUUCACAAUAUGAGUUUAAUCCAAAUGACCAGGCAUAGCACAUUAGAAGAAUGGAUCGGUCGAAAUAUGGUCGAUAGCGCUGAACUAUCAGAUAAACCGGAUACAUCACAUGUUGCUAGAAUGGUUGGAUCUGAAAAAUUUGGAGCGGAAAAGAAGUAUCGAAUUGUUCGUCAAUCUCAACCUUAUGGCACUUCAUCAGGUGAAGCUGGUCUUUUAUUUAUUGCUUAUGCUGCAAAUGUCGAUAAUUUCGAUUUCAUGUUAGAUCGUAUGACUGGUGAUAGUGAAGAUAAGAAAAAUGAUUAUGUAAUGAUGAUUUCACGUUGUGUUACAGGAAAUUAUUAUUAUUUUCCUUCUUAUGAGCAUCUAGUAGAUUUAAGUGAAAUAGAUUGAUAGAAAACAGCAAUUUAGUUUUGUGAUGAGUUGAACUAACAUUGAUGAACUAAAAAUUGUAUUCUUUUGUUUAAAAAUACCGUUAACUUAAAAUGUUUUCUGCCUUUUUUUCCUUUAAGCAUAAAAUAUAAAUUUUAAACUGUGAUAUUUGAUUUGUAUUAUUUUAAAAUUCUAAUUUGAGGGUCGUUGAUGAUGAUUAUGUAAAGUCAUUGAUCGAAAUGUUGUAUUGCAGUGAUUGUAUAUGUUAGUGGGACAUAGAUGGAAUCAAAGCAUGACUACGUUGCUGCGCGCUGAUUGGCUAAUUUCCUAUCCAAUCAGCGCCUGAUCGAAUCUUGGAGAACAGGGUAGAAGAUUCUCGUACUGUUAGCUGCGUGCUGAUUGGUUAAAUCUAAUCCAGUCGAUCACGUGAAUUUCUAUCCAGAAGCUUCUCAUGUAAAUGCUAUAAAUAGACUAACGUUGUAUCUAUUUUUGCCUUCUUCGCCUUCGCCAUCACCUUUGGCUUCUUAUUUCCAUUUAACCUUGCUAUUUGGAAUAUAAUCUUUUCCUG